UGCAUUGGUAAUUUGUCCUCCAAAAAAUACCUUAUCUGUUGGUUAGGAUAACUUGAAAUGAAUUUUAUUUGUAAUUCAGACUCUGUCAAACUUCAGUUAUUUAGUGAUCAAAACAACUAUCUGUGAGGUCAAAAUUAUGCUCGUGUGUCUGCCAUGGUGUGCAGAUCAUAUAAUUGAGAAGAGGAAUUCUGUACCAAUUAAAGGGUGUUGAAACUUGAAUUUUUACCUAUUGGAGUGUGUAGGUUGCAAUGGUUUGUAAAGAAAGUGUCCCUGCAAUCUCUCCUUAAUAGUUGUGUCUAUCAACCAUUUCCCCUACAUCAGAUGUUUUCUGCUAAGGAAGAACAUGUUUUUUUACCUUUCACUGUUCUGCUGUGACCGGCAAGCCAUUUGAAGUCAUUGAAAAUAUGUCUUAAAAAUCAGCAUGUACUCUAGUGGGGUACUGUACUAGAAUCUCAGCCAUAUUCUGAUGUGCAUUGGACUGAUUACGGUGCACAUCGUGAAUGAUUUGCUCACAUAACACCACGAUGGCUUCUUGUCCUGAAAAUUUGAUACUUGAGGAUAAGAUUGAUCUGACGAGAUGCUCGUGCACUGAUUUUGUUCUUAUAUUUUUGUAUAUGUUUCAUGUUUAAAGAUUCCAUAUGUAGAUAUUUAAGCCAUAUACAUAGUUUUGUGUUCAUUCCAUGCGCUGUAAUACUUAAGAAAUAUGUAACUGCAAUGUGGUGUUUGAGUUUUCAUUAACUAAGGGAAUUUGCUUGGACUACCACUGUGUCUUUUGGUUCCAAUUGUUUUCUUAGAGCUGCAGCUUUUCAUCGUAUUUCUCUUCUGUUGAUUUAUCCUUUUUAUCUGGAGCCGGUUUCAAUACCAACCAUCUUUAUUUGAAACAUGUCAUUACAAUGAAUUUGCAUGUCAUGACCUGAUGCUAAAUCACUGCCAUUGGGGCAUGCUUCAGCUUUUGCCAAGCAGCAGCUGAAGUUGGUGCUUCUGUUGUUCACAAUUUUGUUGGUUGCAUUAAGGGUUGGGCACGAAACCGUUUUGGUGAUAGAAGCUGCUCUUACAAAAGGAGAAGAUCCUGGUUGUCUUUGGUCAUGGAAGUUACUUUUGAAGAAGAAUUUCCCGACUUUGAUGUCCGUCUCUCUCCACAACUUAGGAAACACUUUUACGAGAAAUUAAAACAUCUGGUGGUUGUUAUUGACACAAUGCUCGAAGAUGGGACAAAAAAUGGGAUAUGGGAUGGCAAGUAUACCUUAGAAGAAGAGGAUGAGGAGAAAUUUAUACGUGGUGGAGGGGUCAUAAUGAAUAGUAGGGGUUUUAUUCUUACGUGUGCUCAGUUGAUACCUCCUAAUUUCAGCAAGAUUCAGUUUCGUCGGGUGAAUGAUGAGUCGUUUUCAGAAUGUGUGUUGGUAGCAAGAAAAGAGGAUUUAGAUUUGGCAAUCGUCAGGCCUGUAAAGGAUGAAGGGGCUGUAUCUGAUUUCGGAAAGUUUGGUUUUCAAGAGUUCAUCGACGUAGGGAUGGAAGUAUUUUCAAUAGCUCACCCAGGAGACUUAUGUUAUUCAUUGGUCAUUGGACAGGUCGCCUUUCCAUGCCUCUAUGAUGGUACAGCUCCUAGUGACUAUCCUCGGGAUCAGACUCCUAGUUCGAGGUUAGUUGGAUUUGUGGUUGAUGACCAACGUGAUGAUGAACUCAAACACCUUGCCAAGGAUUUGCAGCUCAUUCAAAUCAACAACUUUCAUGGUACCCAUAACUUGGCGAGAAGGACAUCAUUUGGUGCACCCGUCUUUGAUUCCCGUGGUAGGGUUAUAGGACUCAGUACCUUUGUUUUAGAGGAGAUGGAUUUCGCAAUUCAUAUGUCUGUUCUGGAGAAAUUUUGGAAAGAAAAUGUUUCAGAGCCUCAAGAAAAUGGUUCAGAUCCUCAAGAAAGUGUUUCAGAGCAUCUUUCAAAGCCUCAGGAAAAUGUUUCAGAGCCUCAGCCUCCAAAAAGAAAGAAAAGGAAAAGGAAAAGGAAAAGAAGGAAGGGAGAAAAGCAAAGAGGAAACUUGUAGGUAUUAUUUCACAGUUAGGUUAGGUACUAGUGAUGACAGUUUUUGAUACAUGCGGUCAGUAAUGAGAUUGUAAUUUCACGCAUGCGAUCAACCAACUCUAACCUUUCACUUUCGCUUAUUUACUCCUAGAACACAAGUUUGCAGUUGUGAAAAAGUGCAAGUUGUAAAAAGACCAUGACAAGCAUGGAUCACUUGUGGCGCCCUAUCUGCCAUGGCCUCUGGAUUGGUGUGGCCACUGGCCAUAACCCUUUUUCUUCCCUCACUUAAAGUUCCAUUUUUUUUUUUUUGGUUAAUUCAUGUUUUAUGUUGAGAUUUGAUGACCUAAAUGAAAUACGUAGGACUGGAU